UGACACGGUACACAAGUCACGAUGACACCCAUCUCAUACUAGCUUCAAGCUCCAACGCCACUCAAACUCACAUACAAUGCACCGAUUAUUAGUAUCCAGUGCCCUCCUAGUACGAAAUUCCUACAACCUCCUCACCCAAAAUCGCACAAAGGUCUUUGAAAAAUCAGGAGCCAUUCGGGACCCUCCUCAUCAGACAUUCUUGGCUCUGAUCAAGGUAUUUUCCGUCGUUAUACCAGGACUUACUAUGGGAGGAUACAUCGGCAAGAAUUUCGCUUGGUUUUUGGAUGAAUAUCAUUUGUUUUCACCAGCUGAUGAUGACGAUCGCGACGAUGAUGACGAUGAUGAUUAGUAAAUGAAAAUCACGUGACUAAUGUAGUGAGUACGAUGGAUCUUAAAUAGUAUGUUUUUGAUGGUAAUCUGUGUUAUACACUGCUGAAACGUGAGAUAAGUCUAUAUAAACCG